UACAAAAAAUAGUACAUUUUAUAGUUUUAGUUGUAUUAGAAAUAUUUCAAGGUUUUAUAUGUUCAAUUUAUUUGAAAUCUGUAUAUGAACGUGCGUUAGAUGUUGAUCAUAAAAACAUUACAUUAUGGCUAUAUUAUAUUGAAAUAGAAAUGCGCAAUAAGUAAAUAAGUUAUGCCAGAAAUUUAUUAGGUCGUGCAGUCACAAUUUUACCUAGAAUAAAUCAAUUUUGAUACAAAUACACAUAUAUAGAAGAAAUGUUAGAAAAUAUUACUGAAACACGUCAAGUUUUUGAGCGAUGGAUAGAAUGGGGACCUGACUAACAGACAUGGCAAACAUAUAUUAAAUUUGAAUUACGAUAUAAAGAAAAACAAAGAGCUAGGUAGAGAUAUAUAAUUGUAUAGGGAGAUUUAUAGUUUUGUAAUAAAUGUAGGACUCAAAGUUUAUGAACAUUUUAUAAACUUUUUCGGAGAUGAGAACUUAGAUGAAAAGCUAUUUAUAGCAUUUGCAAGAUUUUUAAGUAUUAUUUUAAGAUAACAAUAUAUUCAGUAUCUCUGUUAUAAUAAGUAUAAUUUUAAUAUUUCUCUGAUAGCAUGAUAGAGCAAAAAUAAUUUCUAAGUAUGCUUUAGACAAUAUUUCAAAAGAAAGAACAAAAGAAAUAUAUAAUGCAUAUAUAUCAAUAUGAGCAAGAAGUCAAGGAAAAUUCUUCUAACUAUGAUGCACGGUUUGACUAUCUGAGAUUAGUAAAAUCUAAAGAAAAUCAUAAUGUUGUAAGAGCGUAUGAACGAGCUAUAGCAAAUGUCCCUUCUACUAAGAUAAAUUAUGCUUUGUAUGAAGAAAUUGACACGGAAGUUAUAGAUAGAUGUCGUCAAAUUUACAGAAUCUGUUUAGAUCUUAUUCUACAUAAACAUUUCACAUUUUUUAAGAUAUGGCUAUGUUAUGCAUAUUUCGAAAUACAACAAAAAAAUUUGACUGUUGCGAAAAAAACAUUAGUAUGGUAUUGGAUGUGUAUUCCAAAUACAAAUUAUUCCGUUGUUACAAUAAUUUAGAAGUACAAUCUAGGAAAUUUGACAGAUGCAGGAUUCUGUAUGAAAAAUUAUUUGAAUUUGUACUUCAAAACUGUACAAUGUGAAUAAAAGUAAACUACUUUUCUUAUAGUUACAUUUAUCUUAUGCUUUAUUGUACUUAUAUUUAUUUAAUUGUCAUAAUGUCUAUAUAGUUCGUAGAAUUAGAAACUUUAUUAGGAGACUUUGACCGUCCUAGAGCUAUUUAUGAAUUAGCUGUGUCGUAGGCGAUUAUUGUCGAUUAAGUGUCGAAGUUAUAUUUUUAUAAAUUACUACUGAAUGUAAUUAAAGCUUUUUCUUUUAUUUUUAUUUUUUAUCAAAAACAUGUUUAAUAUUUUUAUUAUUUUUAUUAUUUAGUUUGCAUAUGCCUGAACUUUUAUGGAAGUCAUAUAUAGAUUUUGA